CGGCUCCGCCCCGAGCAUCCCGAGCCGACCCGACUGCGCCCGGCAGAGCCGCAGGGUGAGUGUCAUGGCCGCUUCCGAGCAGCGCCAGCCCGGGGAGCUGCUGGCCAAGGCCCGGAGAGCCUUCCUGGAGGAGUUCGGGGCCGAGCCCGAGCUGGCCGUGUCGGCCCCGGGCCGCGUCAACCUCAUCGGGGAGCACACGGACUACAACCAGGGCCUGGUGCUGCCCAUGGCGCUGGAGCUUGGGACUGUGCUGGUGGGCAGCCCCCGGGCAGAUGGGCUUAUCUCCCUCCUUACCACCUCUGAGGAUGCCGACGAGCCCCGCCGGCUGCAGUUUCCCCUGCCCACAACCCAGCGGCCACUGGAGCCUGGGGCCCCCCACUGGGCCAACUACGUCAAGGGAGUGAUUCAGCACUACCCAGCUGCCCCCCUCCCUGGCUUCAGUGCAGUGGUGGUCAGCUCAGUGCCCCUGGGGGGUGGGCUGUCCAGCUCAGCAUCCCUGGAAGUGGCCACGUAUACCUUCCUGCAGCAGCUCUGCCCAGACUCGGGGACAGUAGCCGCCCGGGCCCGGGUGUGUCAGCGGGCUGAGCACAGCUUCGCAGGGGUGCCCUGUGGCAUCAUGGACCAGCUCAUCGCACUGCUGGGGCAGAAAGGCCACGCGUUGCUCAUUGACUGCAGGUCCCUGGAGACAAGCCUGGUGCCGUUGUUGGAUCCCAAGCUGGCUGUGCUCAUCACCAACUCCAACGUCCGCCACUCUUUGGGCUCCAGCGAGUAUCCCCUGCGGCGGCGCCAGUGUGAAGAAGUGGCCCGGGCGCUGGGCAAGGAGAGCCUUCGUGAGGUGCAGCUGGAGGAGCUGGAGGCUGGCAGGGAGCUGAUGAGCGGGGAGGCCUUCCGGCGGGCGCGGCACGUGGUGGGCGAGAUCCAGCGCACAGCCCAGGCAGCAGCCGCCCUGAGCCGCGGCGACUACAGAGCCUUCGGCCGCCUCAUGGUGGAGAGUCACAACUCGCUCAGGGAUGACUACGAGGUGAGCUGCCCCGAGCUGGAUCAGCUGGUGGAGGCUGCGCUCUCUGCGCCCGGGGUUUAUGGCAGCCGCAUGACAGGCGGUGGCUUUGGUGGCUGCACGGUGACCCUGCUGGAGGCCUCUGCCGCUUCCCUAGUGAUGCAGCACAUCCAGGGGCAGUACAGCGGGACCGCCACCUUCUACCUUUCCCAGGCGGCCGACGGCGCCCAGGUGCUGUGCCUGUGAGGCCUUCCCAGGCCGGCCCACGGCAGGCCUGCCCUCCAACCUGGGUGCUCAAUAAACUUGUAUUACCUCUG